AUGACAUUAACUCAACAACAGAGCGCUAUCGCUGGACAACUGGAGGCCACUGAACUGGAAGUUGGAAUCUUGCCGCACGACGAUUAUGUCAGGUUGUUUGUAAUUUAUUUGCUCAACAAAGACAUGUGCGCAAACAAAUUUCUCUGGCGCCGUAUACCUGCCGAAAUGAAGUGUUCUGCAGAGCUACAGAGAAUGAAUAUGAUUAGUCAGGCCUUGUGGAAUCAACUGUCUGCCGAGGCCAUGAAGUUGACCGAUUUCAACUGGUCAGAAGGGUUGAAACCGGUCAUUAGCACUCUGAAAGAAAGCAUUAGAAAAGAAGCGUUGGACAUUAUCCGCGAGAGCUACUCGGCCAUUUCGGUGGACUUGUUUCAGAUAAGUAUGGGGACAGACAGAGAACAAGCGAUACAAAUUGCACAACAAUUGGAUUGGAUGGACGACAGACAGUUUAUCUACCCAGUAUCGUCUGCUAGAAAAGCGAAAUCACAGAAAGCAACUGAAGUCCUCGAAGGCCUUUCGAGUUUGCAACUGAAUUCAUCGAACGCCGAAAACUAAUUUACUUUGAAAUGUUUAAC